AUGGUAUUAUUUAAUUAUGAAAAGACUGAUUUACCUGGUACAGCAAAGAUGCACUAUUCUCGAACCACGCAAAUAAAAAGUGGAAUUAAAAAACUGACUCCACCACUUGUUGUACCACCUUUUUCAAUUCAAGCUAACUGUCAUAGGAAUGUAAUUGUUGAACCAUUUAGCUCAAAGAAAAACUCAGUUACAAAGCCAUAUCCAAUUGGAAACACCGUAUUUAGGAGGCAUUAUGAAAGAGGAGAUUUUCCAAUAGCUAUGGAAUUUGAUCAAACUGGAAAAAAAGUGGCAUGGAAGGUAAACAUUAAUGAAAUUGACUAUGCCUACCACUUACCACUAUUUUUCAAUGGGCUCUGUGAAGUGGAAUAUCCAUAUUCCUAUUUUGCUCAAGAAGGCAUUAAAGAUUUAUUACUUAAUGGGAAAAAAAGAGUAUUGCCAGUUUUACCUCAACUUAUACUUCCAAUUAAAAAUGCCCUGAAUACAAAAAAUAGAACAAUCAUAGCAGCCACAUUAAAGAUACUGCAGGUCUUAGUUUCAAACAGUGAAACUAUCGGAGAAGCAUUGGUACCAUAUUAUAGGCAGAUACUUCCUCCUCUCAAUUUGUACAAGUCUCUCAAUGUCAACAUAGGUGCUGAUAUAGACUACAGUCAGCAAAAGCGUGAAAAUAUUGGAGAGCUUGUUCAAGAGACAUUAGAAAUGUUAGAAACAUAUGGAGGAAAAGAUGCUUUUAUUAAUAUAAAGUAUAUGAUACCGACAUAUGAGUCUUGCAUUCAAAGUUGA